CCCAGAGGUUCAGGAGAGGCUGCCCCAGCUCCUGGAAACUUCUCCCUUCUUUUCUAAAGAGGAAAGGUCCACAUUGACAGCUCCAACGUAGCUGUUUCUGUAGAAAAACUAUCAAAGCACACUUUGCAGUUCUUGGCUGGGCGUGUCAGGACAACGAGCAUUUCACAUUCUGGAAAAGUCUGCUGCUUCUCCUUGGCUCCUGGGGACUGUUCUUUGUGGAGACAACUUUCCAGGCUAAGGUACCUGCCAAGAUGCUCCACUUACAAGGCCCACAGAUGCUGCAGAUGCUAGAAAAAUCCUUGAGGAAGAGCAUCCCUGAAUCCUUAAAGGUUUAUGGGACCACCUUCCACAUAAACCAGGGAAACCCUUUCAAGCUAAAGGCUCUGGUGGACAAGUGGCCUGAUUUUAAUACUGUGGUUAUCCGCCCUCAGGAGCAGGAGAUGACAGAUGACCUUGAUCACUACACCAAUACUUAUCAAGUCUACUCCAAGGACCCUAAGAAGUGUCAGGAAUUCCUUGGCUCACCAGAAGUCAUCAACUGGAAGCAACAUCUGCAGAUUCAAAGUUCACAGUCCAGCUUGGAUGAUGUGAUAAAAAAUCUUGCAGCUAUCAAAUUGGGCAAGGUCAAGCAAACACAAUGCUUUCUCUAUAUGACCUCUGAGGCAGGAAAGAAAUUGGCUACUUCUCUGCUGGAGGAAAAAAAAUUAUCAGUCUAUGGUGAUAAACACAAAUCCAGCCACCAAAAGAUGUUGACACUCUCAACCCUGGAUCCUGCCCAUGCUGUCUUGGUGAAUAAGCUCUGGUAUUUUGGUGGCAAUGAGAGGAGCCAGAGGUUCAUCGAGCGCUGUAUCCAGACCUUCCCCAGCUCAUGCCUGCUGGGGCCCGAGGGGACCCCUGUGGCCUGGAUGCUAAUGGACCAGACGGGAGAGCAGCGGAUGGCAGGCACCCUGCCUGAGUACCGGGCCAAGGGGCUCAUCUCCUACGUCGCCUGUGUCCAUGUCCAGACUCUGGACAAACUUGGGUUCCCCUUGUAUUCCCACGUCGACAAGGCCAAUCACAUCAUGCAAAGAGUAUGCUCCAACAUGCAGAGUAUCUUUGUGCCCUGCGGCUGGAACCAGUGGAACUUCGUGCCUCUGGAAAGCGGACCUGAACGCAAGAGAGCAUUGAGCGGGUGCAGAAUGUGGCUGGAGAAGCCAGCGGAGAGAAAGAGUGCAGUGUGAUGAAGGGCGACGAAAUGGCCUGAGCUCUGAGGAAGCAGUGAUGUGUGGUGAACAGGACAGACUCAGUCCCUGUGCGCAAAUACUUCCCAGAAUUUCCUUAGUUUCCUCAGUAGGAAACAGCCCAAGUCCCCAACUGUCUGGGUACCUGGAUACUUUCAGCAUCCUUGUCAUGAUUUACACUUAGUUGCAUGCUUUUCUACAUUGGUCUUCCUGGAACUCCUAGCUCAUUAGCUCUUUCUAGUUUGCCAGAAGUGUUGUAAUAGUCUGUGGGUUUUAUGAUGAUUUUUUCCCCUCUGGCUUUCUAUGACUUUUUAAUUGACUGGAGAGUGACCUGUCCGUUAAGUAAAUCUUUGAAGAUCCUGCUCUCUCAGGUCAUUUCUUAAGCCUUAUAUUAUAAUCACAUGAAAUAUAUUAUACAAAUACACUAUACAUUUCUCUA